GAAAAACAAAAACUGAUGAUCUCUUUCACAAGCAAGCUCAUGGCAUAUCUUGAGGAGCUUUUACCUGGUCUCACACCUGAGGUGUUUAGAACACACAAUGCUUCUCUUGCUUUGGAAACAAUGUUGAGUGAAGAGAUGGGAGAUGCUGAUGUCAAUCAGAAAUAUCAAGCAACCAAGAAGGCUGCGAUCGUGUGUAAUCUUCUUUGUGCUAUUUCAAAGUCUCCACAACUAGAAAAACUCGAGGAGGUUCUUAAAGAACUCGAAACAGGUUCAGGUGGAGAGAAGGCUAGAAACCUCAAUCCAAAAGCGUGGCGGAAGAAGAUUCAGCAAACCAAUUUGAAGAUCAACCAGAUGGAGAGACAGAUGCAUUUUGAAUUUCAUACCAAGGUACUUAAUGAGUCUCUUAUAGAGAAAUUCCCUUGGGUGAUGAAGGGAGAGUCAGAGUUCAAGUACUGAGCUUUGAUGUUGUUCUUGCUUUGAUGCUGUUCUUGCUUUUCAACUUUGAUGUUGUUCUUGCUUUGAUGUUGUUCUUGCUUUUAUGUAAAACAUUUGGUUAUAUUGGUUAAAAUCUUAUU